UUGUACUACAGUACAGGAGGAAACUUAUGUUAUAAGAUAGGAACAUUGCGACAUUAGCUCUGCUCUAUGAUAAUUGACCGUCAUCUCUGGUUUAUGUGGGGAAGAUGUCAAAGAACAAGACACUGGCUAGGAACACAGCCUGUCGUUAUUGUCAAAAUACAUUUAAAAUGGGAUAAAUCCAUAUCAAACACGUGUUAUUAUAACUGGGAGAACAUUCUUUAACCUUCCAUCACCACCUGCUACUGACAAUACAUCAAUACAUGGCCUGUACAAUGGCUUAUCUUUAUAUAGCAAUUCUAUAUUUACAAUACGGCAGUAAAAGAUGGAGCUGUAUCUAAAACAAGCCUCUUGAAAUGUUUGGAGAUUUACACUUAAAACGGUAAAGGAUAUUUGGAAAAGCUGGAUUAACAAUGUUCAUUGAGGCUAGUGGAAAUAAAAUUGUGAUACGAAGAGACACAAUGGACAGUCCGGAAAAGGAGCCAAGUUCGCCAAACGGGGACACGUCUCCCAGCUAUCCUCUGUUACCCACACUGACAGUUGAAGGUCUAGAUCCAAAACCUAGAACUGUUUGGAUUAAUCCACAAGAAGAAAAUGAGUUUGACGCUCUGCUUCAUGCCAAGUUUGAGAAAAUUCCCCUGAAAGAUUUUGGUGCUGAGGUCCGAGCUUUUCGUGAUGUUGAGAAUUUCUUGGACAGAACAUUGCUCGUUCUUAACCUGGACAAAUACGGUUUGGACGAAAUUCUUGAAGCGAUGCUACAAAAAAUUAAAGACGACAAAACCGACGGAGAGAAAUUCUCUACAGAGGAGUCAAUGGAGGCUGUAUAUAGUCACCACUCAGCUCAGGUACUCAAAAAAACCAUCUAUGGAACAACACGAAGUGAAGGUGGGGUAUACUUUGACCAGUCUUGGAUAUGUGCACUUUGUGAAUUACCGUCAGUCAGCAGACGACAUGUUGUGAUUUGUCGUCUCGAGAACCCCGCCAAUCUCGGCGCCAACAGCCAAGAUGUGCAGUUUGUCAUUCUCGUUGUCGCUCCAACAAAAGAGAAAAGCACAAAGACUGCUCUAGAAACUGGUCGCACUUUCAGCACGAUUUUUUCGGACAUGUCGUUUCGGUACCAGUUACACGGAGCAACCACGGAGGAGGAGUUUAGGAACAUCCUCCGUGAGAGAACCCGCCAACUCAUUCGUGAACAGAGUGUACCUGAAAAUAGAAAAUCACAUUUACAUCUGCCAAAAAAUCCCUUUGAGGAAAACGAAGAAGAGAAACCACGAUGUCCUUUUGGUUCCGGAAUGGUCCAGGACAUUAAAAGAAGACUUCCACAUUACUGGUCAGAUUAUAAAGAUGGCAUUAUUGGAUACAAGACGCCACAAAAGCUUAUCUCUACAACACUGUUUCUGUAUUUUGCAUGUGUAUUGCCUAACAUAGCAUUCGGAAUGCUGAACGACAACAAUACAAAUGGUGCAAUAGGUGUUAAAAAAAUCUUAUUUUCGCAAUGUGCGGGAGGAAUUCUGUUUGCAUUGUUUGGUGGGCAACCUCUGAUUGUGCUGUUGACGACGGCACCGCUGGCUCUAUACACCAAAAUAAUUUUCAGCAUUAGUGAAGACUUUGAUCUCGACUUUAACGCUAUGUUUGCCUGUGUUGGUCUCUGGAAUUGUUUCUUUCUCAUUGUCUACUCCGUCACCAAUGUCAGCAAACUCAUGAAAUUCUCCUCCAGAUCUACAGAAGAAAUAUUUUCAUUAUUUAUUACAUUUGCAUUUUCCGCAGAUGCCAUAAAAGACACAAUAAAAGAUUUUAACAAGUAUUACUACACUCCUGACUGUUUCCCGCCUACUAACACUGAUCAGUCUCUGAAUAACCUCACUUCUAACACGAGCUUCAUGUCAACUAACGUGUCUGAUACAGCAGACGACAACCAACACCCGUGCAUGAAGGAAAACAGCAUUCUGUUUUUACUGCUUAUGCUAGGCACCGUCUGGUUUGGAAUCACUAUGUUUAACUUUACAAAAACACCAUUUCUGACCGCCGGCAAGAGAGAGCUAUUGGCUGACUAUGCCCUACCUGCCGCAGUACUUAUAAUGUCUUUCUUCGGCUCAUACGUCUUUAGAGCUGUAGCUCUGAAACCUUUCAAAUACGUUGCCGAGACAACCUUGUUCAACUUGGCGCCGUUACAUACGUUACCAUGGCCUGCGGUUAUAGCUGCUGCCGGGCUAGGUUUCAGUCUUUCUCUACUGUUCUUCAUGGAUCAAAAUAUAUCUAGUGCACUGGUCAAUACCCCUUCAAACAAGUUGAAGAAAGGAGCGGCGUAUCACUGGGACCUGUUCACUGUUGCCAUUAUCAACGGUUUCCUGUCGAUAUUUACGUUGCCUUGGGUCCAUGCGGCACUGCCUCAUUCUCCGCUGCACGUGAAAGCACUAGCAGAUAUGGAAGAAAGGGUAGAUCAAGGACACGUUCAACAAAUUGUUGUGCAUGUACGAGAAACAAGACUUACUGGGAUUAUCUCCCAUAUUAUGAUUGGGCUAUCUAUGUUUCUGCUACCAUAUCCACUUUCCUACAUCCCGUCCCCCGUGCUCGACGGCCUGUUCCUGUACGUGGCUAUAACUGCACUCUAUGGCAACCAACUGUUUGACAGAAUACAGUUAUUCUUCACAGAACAGUCUGCGUAUCCGCCAAACCACUACAUACGCCGGGUACCACAGCGGAAGAUCCACACGUUUACUGUAAUACAGUUACUACAACUACUGGUUCUCUGUGUGUUUGGUUUCUCACCUAUACCCUACAUGAAAAUGGUGUUUCCCAUCCUGAUAAUGUUCCUCAUGCCAAUAAGGCACAAAGUGGUACCGAAGAUAAUUUCACAGAAGUAUCUGUCAGCUUUGGACGGACACUGAUACACCUCGUUCUUUGUUUAGAGCGAAAUCACCCCCAGUUCACUCUUCCAAAGACUCAUAUGUUUAUGUACUAUAGUCUGUAUCGUAUAUUUUUUGUAUUCGGAGAGAGAGAGAUAUUUUAUAUCCAUGUAAAUAUAUACUUUCUGUAAAUACAAAUUAUACAAUUUUUCACAAAACAUAGUUUCAGUAGUCAGUAAUCCAGUACACUGUACCUAGUAAGUGAAAGGCCCUUCCGAAGAGUCGAGCACGUGCUAGAAGUAUUCAAGUAAAAAGUGUAAUGCACGUGGCACUCGCAAAAAGCAGAAUGCAGACAAUGAUGAAAUCAUGGUGGAAAAACGCAUAUCUGGCAAAAGUGCCACUGAAUAAAGUUGCCUAGAAUACACAUGAUAGUAUGCUGAUCUGUUAUAGAGUCUUUUAUUGUUAAGUUAAAAUAUAGCAUACAGCCACUUUUCAGAAACAUUCUUUACGGACUUGAUGCUUCGAAAGUGAAUAGAGUGAGCAGUAUCCAAUGACAAAAAAAUGAGUGC